AUGAGUCUCCGCGACCUGGUCGAAGGCGAGGCCAUGCUGGAUGAUGAGGAGAACGACGCGGACGUGGCCGACGAUUUCGAUGGCGAAGGAGAACCAACUGCUGGCAGCAAGAAUCAUUACAACGACUCGAGCGAGGAAGAUGAAGACGAGGAUGAUGACGAGGAUGCUGCUCGCGCGGUCCGCGAAGGAUUCAUCGAUGAUGAUGACGAAGAAAUCGAGGAACGCGCCAAACGCCGCCGUGAGAAGAAGCGCUCUCGUCCUCGUGAGGAGGAACAUCUCGACGAGGAGGAUUUGGAGUUAAUUGGAGAACACGUUCCUGGUCUCAGCCGUAGUCAACCAGCAGAGUCUAAAUUCAAGCGCCUGAAGCGAGGAAAAGACCGUGACUCUCGACAACAAGCUCAAGGAAUCGAUGACAUUUUCAACUCCGAUGAGGAGGAAGAGGCUGCACCUCAGUACCACCGAGCUGGUCGCCACGGUGGUCAGGAUGAAUUCGACGACUUCAUCGAAGAAGAUACCUUUUCCGACGAAGAGGGACAACGGGAGAGGGACGAUAUAGAAGUGGCACCUCCAGUAAGGGCAUCUAUGCCUGGAUUUGGGGCCACCGAGGCAGCAGGUCUCGAUGAAAAUGCUCUCGAAGACAUGCGUGCGGCAUUCGGCGACGGCACAGAGUACAGAUUCGCCCUGGACAUCGAGGAUCAAGAGGACGAAGACAAGGUAGUGGAAGAGCGACAUUUAGACCUGAAGGAUGUCUUUGAGCCAUCAGAACUCGCCGAGCGAAUGUUGACGGAGGACGACAAUGAGAUCCGCCUGCUCGACGAACCUGAACGUCAUCAAGUCGCCCGCAAGCCAUACAAACAUGUGUUCCUAUCAGACGAUCAAUUCCGAGAAGAGGCAAUUUGGAUUUCGAAUCUGAUGCUGCUCAAGAAGCGUAUGGACCCCGAAUUACGUGAGCCAUUCCAGCGCUCUGUGGCAAAGAUGCUGGAAUUUCUUAUCACAGAUGACUGGGAAGUUCCAUUUAUCUUCCAGCAUCGCAAGGACUACAUGAUUCAUGCUGUCAAAGAGCCGCUCCACGGUGCCGAUCCUUCCGACGAGUCUGCGCAGUACAGUAUUCGCGCCGAAAAACUGUUGAAUAUGACAGACCUCUGGGAUAUUUUUGAUUAUGAUCUCAAAUUCCGUGCCUUAGUUGACAAGCGCAAUACUAUCCAGAAGGUUUAUGAUAGCAUCCAAAGCCUUUUCGACGUCGAUGAUUCAAAUGUGGAGGAGCUGCUGGGUGCCGCUGCCACCAUGGAGGAACUCCAGGAUGUGCAAGAUUAUCUCCAUUUUCAAUAUGCCCAGCAGAUCCGUGACUCUGCUGCGGUCAACGGCGAAACAAACGGUGAUACUCAGCGACGCAAGGCAAGCAACAAGUCUUUCUUCGAACGAGUACGAAAUAGCAAGACAUACGGCCUAGUGCGCGCCUUUGGUAUUACUGCAGAUGCGUUUGCCCAAAAUGCUUCCAAAGAGGGCCGCCGACAAUAUACCGAAGACCCAGGCGAGCUUCCAGAAGAGCUAGCGGACCAGUUCGUUGACGAUGGAUUCUCUAAUUCAUCACAAGUCCUCAAGGGUGCCAAGUUGAUGUUCGCCGAAGAGCUUGUUAUUAGUCCAAAAAUGCGCAAAGUCAUUCGUCAAGCAUACUACAUGAAUGGUGUUGUCGAUUGUUUCCGAACUGAGAAGGGCCUGCGCCGAAUUGACGAAGACCACCCAUACUACGAAUUUAAGUAUCUACGAAACCAACAACUCAGCGACAUCGCCCGCCGCCCGGAAAUGUUUCUACGUAUGCUGAAGGCCGAGGAGGAAGGACUAGUAGACGUCCGAGUCCGCUUUGAGAAUUUUGACCACUUCCGUCAGCGCCUUUACCAGGACAUCGAAUCGGACAAUUAUUCUGAAGUUGCCGACGCGUGGAAUCGUCUUCGUCGUGAGGUCCUCGAUCUGGCUCUCGACAAACUAGAAAAGGUGAUCAAUCGGAGUGUUAAGGAGAACAUUCGACAGGAGUGCGAGAACCACGUCGCUAAGGAGUGCCGUGAAUCAUUCUCGCAACGACUCGACCAGGCUCCCUACAAGCCUAAGGGAAUGGUUCUGGGUACAGUUCCCCGGGUCCUCACCCUCUCUACUGGAACUGGCCUGGUAGGCCGUGAUCCUAUCCACUGGGCUUACAUCGAAGAAGAUGGUCGCGUCCUCGAGAAUGGAAAGUUUCAGGAUCUAUCGUAUGGAGAGCCGAAUCGAGGUUUCCCCGAUGGCGCAGAUAUCGCUGCCUUAUUGGAGUUGAUUGAACGUCGCAAACCAGAUGUGCUCGGAGUUUCUGGCAUGACCCCAGAGUCACGACGCCUGUACACACUUUUGAGCCAGGUUCUUGAAGUAAAAGACAUUCGCACCCAGCCUUAUCCAAAUGAGCACGACGAGGAGAUCGUUGAUCGUCUAGAGGUGGUCAUUGUCAAUGAUGAGGUUGCUAGGCUCUACCACAACUCCCCUCGCGCUCGUCAAGAUAAUCCAGGAUUUGGCCCUCUGACUCACUACUGCGUGGCUCUGGGUCGAUACUUGCAAAGCCCUCUCAAAGAAUAUGCCUCACUGGGUCGAGAUAUUGUUUCUAUUCAAUUCAAACCUGGCCAGCAGCUAGUGUCUCAGGAACUUCUCCUUAAGCAGCUGGAGACUGCCAUGGUUGACAUGGUCAACCUUGUAGGUGUUGAUCUUAACGAAGCUGUCAACGACCCAUUUGUUGCAAACCUUCUACCAUACAUCUGCGGUCUCGGUCCACGCAAAGCUGCCCAUCUACUCAAGGUUGUGAAUCUGAAUGGUGGAAAUGUGGACAACCGCGUGGAGUUGCUGGGUGUCAACACUAAAUACCCAGCUAUGGGCGUCAAAGUUUGGAAUAACUGUGCCAGCUUUGUUUUUAUCGAUUUUGAAAAUGCCGAUGCCGAUGCUGACCCUCUGGAUAAUACCCGUGUGCACCCUGAAGACUAUGACAUCGCUCGCAAGAUGGCAGCGGAUGCGCUUGAGUUGGACGAGGAAGAUAUCAAAGCUGAGACUGACGAGAAUGGUUCUGGAGCUAUUGUGCGCAAACUAUUCCGCGAUGAGCAGCAAGAUCGUGUCAAUGAUCUGAUUCUCGAGGAGUAUGCCGAGCAGUUGGAAAAGAACCUUAACCAGCGUAAGCGUGCAACCCUGGAGACCAUUCGUGCGGAGUUGCAGUCGCCUUAUGAAGAGCUGCGCAAGCACUUCGCCACCCUUGAUUACGAGGAUAUCUGGACCAUGUUUACCGGUGAGACGAGCGAUUCAUUGAAGGCUGGCAUGGUAGUGCCCAUUGCUAUCAUGAGGGUGUUUGAGGAUCAUAUUGAUGCUCGGCUGGAUUGUGGAGUCGACGCGCUGGUCGCAGAAACCGAACUCGGCGUACCUAUUGAUAUUUCCGUACGCAACGUCUACCAAAUACACCAGACAGUGCGCGCGAAAAUUCUUUUCUUGAAUAAGAAGAGCUUCACCUGCAGCCUAUCUCUCCGUGAGGACCAGGUCAGCAAGCCCACCCGCCAAAAUGCGGACCACGACUUUAAUGACUGGGAUGAGAUCCAAGAGCAAAAGGAUCGAGAGUCUCAAAAAGAGAAGACGCAGCAGGGAGGUCAAGCCAUGCGUGUCAUCAAGCAUCCGCUUUUCCGGCCAUUCAACUCAACUCAAGCGGAAGAAUACUUGGGUUCCCGGAGUCGUGGAGAUGUGGUCAUUCGCCCAUCGUCUCGUGGCCUAGAUCACCUAGCAGUCACUUGGAAGGUGUCGCAUGGUGUUUACCAGCACAUUGACGUUCUUGAGCUGGACAAAGAGAACGAAUUCUCUGUGGGCCGCGUCCUCAAGGUCGGAGGUAAAUACACCUACAGCGAUUUGGAUGAUCUGAUCGUCAACCACGUCAAGGCGAUGGCCAAGAAGGUUGAGGAGAUGACGCUGCAUGAGAAGUUUCAAGAUGGCAGCAAGGCUGAGACUGAUCAAUGGCUUGAAACCUACACCAAGGCCAACCCUCGUCGCUCUGCCUAUGCAUUCUGCAUUAAUUCCAAAUACCCAGGAUACUUCUACCUUUGCUUCAAGGCCGGUGAGCACUCUCGACUGCAGAAUUGGCCAGUGAAGGUGAUCCCCCAGGGCUUCGAGCUACAAAAGAACCCAUACCCCGACAUGCAAGCUCUGUGCAAUGGGUUCAAACUGAUGUUCACCAACAUGCAAAGCAACCGCCGAUAG